AUGGCUGCUAACACUGACAUUCGCUCAAGCGAGCUCAGAGAGCCCGUGGAUGUUGCUACGUAUCUGUUUACUCGACUGAAACAGCUAGGCAUCGACUCCCUACAUGGACUACCGGGUGACUUCAACCUGGUGGCUCUUGACUAUAUCUCCGAGUGUGGUCUCAAGUGGGUGGGCAAUUGCAAUGAGCUCAAUGCAGGUUACGCCGCAGAUGGAUAUGCCCGGAUCAAAGGCAUAUCAGCCGUUGUCACCACAUUUGGUGUGGGAGAGCUGUCGCUCCCUAACGCCAUUGCAGGAGCGUAUGCAGAAUUUGUCCCUGUCGUCCACAUAGUUGGAACACCAAGCACCAUCUCCCAGAAGAAUGGAAUGCUGCUGCACCACACCCUGGGCAAUGGGAAUUUUACAGUUUUUGCAGACAUGGCCGCCAAACUGGCAGUGGACGUGGCCAAGUUGACAGAUCCUCGGGACAUUCCAGCCCAAAUCGACCAUGCUCUGGCCGAGUGUUACCUCCAAAGCAGGCCGGUAUACAUCUCCCUUCCCACCGACAUGGUUCAGAAGAAGGUCGAAGGCGAAAGGCUGAAGACGAAUAUCGACCUCACCCCUCACCAGAACGACCCUGAAAAGGAAGACUACGUGGUCGAUGUCAUCCUGAAGUACCUGACCGCUGCAAAGAAUCCCGUCAUCCUAGUGGACAGCUGUGCUAUUCGGCAUGGAGUUCUGAAGGAGACACACGAGUUCAUCCGGAAAUCCGAGCUUCCAGUGUUCGUAGCCCCCAUGGGCAAAGGAGCCGUGGAUGAGACGAUGCCCACGUUUGGCGGUGUUUAUGCCGGUGAUGCCUCACUGCCUGGGAUUCGGGAGCGAGUUGAGGGUUCUGACCUUCUUGUGAGCAUUGGAGGCCUCAAAUCAGAUUUCAACACCGCUGGCUUCUCAUAUCGGACUUCACAACUACGCACCAUUGACUUGCACAGCACCUGGACCACUGUCCGUUAUUCCGAAUACCCAGGAGUCGGCAUGAAAGGGGUCCUUCGCAAGCUCACCGAACGAUUGCCGAAGCUGAACGUCACACCAGGACCAAAACCUCCAGAGAACCUCGUUCCUACAGAUAAACUCACAGCAGACCCGGCCAUUACUCACGACUGGUUGUGGCCCACAGUCGGUCAGUGGCUACAGGAGGGCGACAUUGUGGUAACCGAAACCGGCACCUCGAGCUGGGGGUUCUGGGGUGCGCGGUUGCCAAAGAACGUCAUAAACAUCAGUCAGAUCUUGUGGGGAAGUAUUGGCUAUGCCACUGGUGCUACUCAAGGAGUAGCGCUCGCUGCAAAGGAGCUCGGGGGCAAGCGUCGAACGAUUCUGUUCACUGGAGACGGUUCAUUUCAACUCACGGCUCAGGAAGUCAGUACCAUGAUCCGGCAUAACCUUAACCCCAUCAUUUUCAUUAUCUGCAAUGAUGGAUAUACCGUCGAACGACUCAUCCAUGGUAUGGACGCAGGCUACAACGACAUCCAGAACUGGAGGUACAAAGAAUUGCCCUCGGCCUUUGGUGCCAAAGAAGGUACCUACAAGACGUACCAGGUCAAGACUAAGGAUGAAGUGACAGCUCUGUUCGCAGAUGAAAAGUUCUCCAGCGCGCCAUACCUGCAACUGGUCGAGGUAUACAUGCCGCAGAAAGAUGCCCCGGAGGCACUGAAGUUGACUGCGGCGGCCGCUGCUCGGGUCAAUGCCGCACUGAAAUGA